AUGGAUACACUUACCGAUGAGCAGCGAAAGAAGUUUGAUGAAAGCUAUGGGCAACGUCGACAUGAAUUACCUGUCUGUCCAAGAUGUGGAAAUAAGAAUGAUGUGGUUCCGGCAGUACGUGGUCGACCAACGCGAGAACUAGCAUUAUAUGCAGAUGAAGGUCAUGUAAAACUCAGUGGGUGUACGGAAGGCUACCAAGGAUGGUGUAAGAAGUGCCAACACUUCAUUUAG